AAGUUUUUCAGCGUGGAGUUGUAUAACAGGCUGCAGUUUUUUUUUUUCUUCUUCACGCGGAUGUUACAAAAGCCUGUCAACAAAAGAGUCCAGUCCACCUUAAGCUCACACAAACUGCGCACAUUUCCUGAAAACGCCCCGUCAGUGAGACACAGAAAGGGACUCCGGAUCGCAAUCAUAUAAGGCGGAGUAGUUUAUCCGGCGGAGGACGGCGGCUCACUGCUGCUGCGUUACCGACAUUUCUGCCGCUCCACGAACCGAGGUCAGCCGCGGAAUCCGCCCCGCGGAGCUGUCACGCCGGCAGCGUCGCCCCGACUCCAAGUUUAGAACUUUUUUUCUUUUAACAAAAAUCUGAAACAUGGAGAUAACCGCGUGAACAGCCGACAGAACCGGACCGCCUCCGCGUGGAUGGACUAAAAGUGUCGGAACUAUCUGAUCGGAGUUGUGCCGCGUGCCACCAUGUUGAGUAACCCGGGAACGUACGCUAACAAGAAGAGGAAGAAGCCCGUCCUCAAGCAAAAGAAGAUCCCAGAUGGCAGCGAGGUGGUUAAGUCCAACCCCUCCAAGCGCCACCGCGACCGGCUGAAUGGGGAGCUCGACCGCCUCAUGGACCUCCUGCCCUUUCCGGAGGAGGUGCGGUCCCGCCUGGACAAGCUGUCGGUCCUCCGCCUCAGCGUGGGAUACCUGCGGGUCAAGAGCUACUUCAAAGCCACCAUGAAGGGCAGAAACGGCGGGCGCCUGGCGCUCGGAGUCAACGGGCAGAACGGGGGCAGUCUGGACAUCAGCGGCUUGUCUGAGCGGGAGCUGCUGCUGCAGAGCCUGGACGGCUUCGUGAUGGUGGUCACCUCGGAGGGGCUGGUGUUCUACGUCUCCCCCACCGUCAAGGACUUCCUGGGCUUCCAUCAGUCAGACGUGGUCCACCAGAGCGUGUUCGAGCUCAUCCACACCGAUGACCGCGCCACCUUCCGAGAGCAGCUUCACUUCGCUCUGAACCCCCCCACCGCCGACGAGCAGGUAUCACAGGGUCACAGCACCACCGUCAUGUACAAUCCCGAGCAGCUUCCUCCAGAGAACUCCUCUUUCCUCGAGAGGAAUUUCGUUUGCCGCUUCCGCUGCCUCCUGGACAACUCCUCCGGCUUCCUGGCUCUGAAGUUUCAGGGACGGCUGAAGUAUCUCCACGGUCAGAACCUCCAGGUGGAGAACGGCGGUUGUACCCGCCCCCAGCUGGCUCUGUUCGCCAUCGCCAUGCCCGUCCAGCCUCCGUCCAUCGUGGAGAUCCGCGCCAAAAUGCUCCUCUUUAAGACCAAACACAAGCUGGACUUCACACCCACCGGCGUGGACAGCAGGGGGAAGAUUAUUCUGGGAUAUUCAGAGACUGAGUUGUGCAUGAAAGGCUCCGGCUACCAAUUCAUCCACGCCGCCGAUAUGAUGUACUGCGCCGACAACCACAUCCGCAUGAUCAAAACCGGCGAGAGCGGACUGACGGUGUUCCGACUCCUCAGCAAGUCCAAAGGCUGGCUGUGGGUGAAGUCCAACGCCAAGCUGACCUACAUCGGAGGACGGCCGGAGUUCAUCAUCGCGUACCAGCGGGCUUUGACGAACGCCGAGGGGGAGGAGUACCUGCGGCAGCGGCGGCUGCAGCUGCCCUUCAGCUGCACCACCGGCGAGGCCAUCCUCUACAACACCGGGCCCACCGUGGACGUCAUGCAGUUCCAGUUCGACAAGAUGUUCGGCGACAGCGCCGCGGAGAAGGACGUGCUGCCCGGGUCCCUGCUGGACAGCUUCCUGCGGCAGGACGAAGGCAUCUACGCCCAGAGGGUGGAGCCGCCGCUCAACAUCGACCAGGUGUUCAUGGACAGCCACCCGCUGCUCAGCAUCGCCAGCGACCCGCGGCAGGAGGGCGACGCCCCCGCGGCGGAGACUCUGGAGGUGAAGGAGGAGCAGCGCUCCAUCCUCGCCAUGGUGGACAGCCUGGAGCGUCUGUCGCAGAACGGCGAGUUCGAGGAGGUUCUGGAGCAGCUGCAGGCGGACGACACGGCGGAGUGGGAACGCGCGCUCAAGAGGUUCAACUUGGAGUCGGACCUGCAGAGACCGCCCGCCGACCUCCUCAGUGAGGACAUCUUCGACUACAUCGACUCCGUGUUCAAGAAGGGGGAGGAGUUUCUGAGCGGGAACCCUCCCAGCUGCCUGGCGGACUCCUUCCCCGCCUCGGAGCUGUGCGAUCCCUCGCCGUUUGCGGCUCAGAGCCCGAUCGGAAUGUUUUCUAUGGCGAACGGCCUCCCGCCCCCCCAUCCGGCCCCCCAGGAGCGUCUGCUUCCUGCAGCCGACGGCGGUCUGCCGCCUCUGCAGCAGCUGCAGCUGCAGGACAUCUUCACGCUGUCAGACGAGCUGCCGGAGCUCGCCAUUCCCGACAUCUCCGCGGACAUCCCCGCUCUGCAGGAGUGUCAGCUGGCGCCGCCAGGUCGUCCAAACGUGGGUUCGGUUCGAGUCCAGCCGCCGAACGUGACAGGAAACGGGCCGCUUCUCCCACAGGGCGGCGUACUUCCGCCUGUGAUUCCCUGCAUGAACUUCACCUCUCCAAACGCAUCGACCGGUCCGGCGGGCUUUCCGGCGCCGAUUCAGAAACGUGCAGCGUUUGGAGUGCUGGGCGACCCGGUCCAGCCGUGGACUCAGAGCCAGACGCUGCCGUACAGUGGCGUAAUGCAAAAUGGACACGAGAGUGCGCCCCCGUUCCAGAGCACAGAAAGACAAACAUUCCCACAGUUCUGGCCAGCGGGGGGGCAGACGGCGCCCCCCCAGAGCUGCAUGGUGGAGACGCACUUCUCCUCUGGCCCAUCGGGGGGCAACGUCCCGCCUCACGGCGAGUCCUCUGGGCUCGGCGGGAAUCCUCUUCCAGGCUUCUGCCGCUUCCGGUGGAGAGGCGGCGAGGUGGCGACCAACCAGGAGGGCGGCGCCAUUAACCCGCUGAUGGCGCCACCCGGUGCUGAACUCGCACACAACAACAAUAAGCACUACCUGAACGGCGUGGGGCAGGCAAAGAGUGACGGCCUCUUCGGCGGUCCUGCUCUGGACAUCCCCACGUACCUGAUGGAGUAGGCGGAGCUUCGCAGGUGGACGUCCUGCAUCGUUGGCCUGUAUCAGCGCAUACUCACACCGCUCUUAUUACUGCAUAUUUUAUAUCUCUCUGUACCAUUUAUAUAUAUAUUUCUAUACAUCUACUGUCUGCUCUGCCUGUCCGCUUCAUUGCGCACACAUUAAUGAAGUAUGAAUUCACAAGUGCAUUUACCAAGCAGCAGCCGGAGGCUCGGGUGAAGCAACCAAAGACGUCUUUAUAAGGGAAACUACGUCCAAAAAUGUAGAAAAAGCUGAACCUCGCAGUAACUUUUGCUUUGUUUGUGGUCUCCGUGGAAACGAGGAGAUCCGUGCCUUCAGCCGAUUCUCACGACGGACGAAUCAUCUGUAUAUUUAAACCCUCAGACUGGUGUUUGACGUUGUGUAUUUAUCUUUUGUGUUGUGCUGUUCUGCUUUGGCUCUUGAAACCCCCACCUGUGCCGACCGCACCGGCGCACGCCGCAGUAUAACUGGAUUCCCCCGCACGCCGGCAGCGGACGCAGACUUCUGGAGUCUCUAAACUGUAGCACUUAAGCCGGAGGCGACCUGGAGCGCCGCCCCAGGACAGUUCUCUGCGCAUCGCCGCGAUCAGGGAGGAAACUUUGUCCUAAAACGAGGUCAUACCGACGGCUGCUUUUAUUUUUUUUGUUCUUUCACAUGGAAGUGCCUUAACAUGCAGUACCGCCGUCGGCCACUAGGUGCUGCUAACGUCCACAGUUAGCCUUAAGUUAACACAGAGGUGUCUAAACUUUCGCCCAAAUGCCUUAUAUUAAUUUAGCAGGUUUGUGAUGCUAAAGGUGGAGAUCGCCUGCUAACAGCGUUUUAGGAGAAAAAGUUGAAGCUGAAUCAAAGUUUCCGGAGUUUCUGCGAAGGGUUUGAUCUGCACCAAAGUGUAGAAAUGAAGGGAGGAAAUGACAUCAGCACUGUAUUUUUAAAAAAACAAAACCUGCUACUCAGUGCUGAAUUCAGGAGGGAGAAGGGGUGAACUGGUUAAAAUUGUUGGGCAACAUCGCCCCCUAGUGAGCAACGUCUGGAACUGCCUUUUUAUUCCAGGCAGUUUGGUUCACUUUGAAAGUGACAUGUGAACGCGAACCAAACCAGACUAAAGCGUGAAGUUUAUUAGCAUGUACCUCUAAAAAAUGUAAUUAAAAAAAAAUGCUAGCUAAGAAUUGAAAAUAAAUUAAUUUAAAUGAUCUUUAAAAAAAGUGGAAAACUUGGUAAAUUAUCCAAAUUCUAAAAAAUGUUCUUAUUGUUAUGAAUUAUUUUCUGUUUUCAGUUACACCUUAAAUUAUUCUUUAAUUGAAAAAAAAGUUUUCUUUUUAAUUAGCAGAAAUAGCUAAACUAUGCUAACCUAAAUAGGACUAAAUAGUCAUUAAUGCUAUAUUAUUGAGCACUAAAACGACAUUUGACAAUCAAAGGAUUUAUGAAUUAUAAAAGAAAUUGACUAAAUUAGCAAGUUUGGAAACCUAAAAAGAAAAUGUAAAAUAUUGAAAAAUUUUACAAAUAUUUGAUUAUCUUUUAACCAAAGAAAGAAGGUUGAAAGAAAGCUGAACGGAAGCUGGAAAAGUGUUUUGAGUGUUUUUGGUUGUGAACAAAACAUGGAAAGUUUCUAUUUAACCUAAAAUAAAAUUAAAAAAAAUGUUUGGAAUAAAUUGUGAAACAACCAAACAACUGUUUAGCAGCAGAGCGUUUUAGUAGGUGAUGAAGAUAACAUGGUAAAUCAACAAGAGGUCAAAUGUUUCUGCAAAAAAGAAAAAAAAAACAACAAAAAAUUACAUAAAACCUGAAGGUUUUCUCAACAAUCCGACAAUUUGUUUAAAUUUUCACUCAAGUUGUUUUCAGGAGCUUGUAUGUUAGUGUCAAAAGUGGGAAUGGUCCAACUUGUUUUAAAAGUAUGCCAGCUCAGUGUCAGAUAUAAACAAAAUCCUGCUUUUCUCACAGAAAUGAACAGAAAUGUCACACUACAGCCCAACAGUUCUGCUCGUGUGCUUUGAGUCCUCCCUAUUUCCCUGAAACGGUCCUUCAGCACCCUCUGCUGGACGUGUGUGGAAUCGCUCUGAUCGUGACCUCUCGCUGCUUGUUGGGACUCGACCUUUAGCAUUAAGCUUUCAAACCCAUCGAUGCCAAAAAAAAAAGAUUCUUUUUCCAGCUGUAGAUGUUAAAAAAAAAACGUAUUUUGCUGAUCGUUUCUGUCACUUUAGUUCUGCUGAAGUUUUUCAGAAUAAAAGGGCAAAAACCAAACCGGCUGAUAGUCGUUCCAGUUCAGCGUAAACUGGAACAUCCGAGCGCAUUGAGUUUCUGCGCCGCAGAAGUGCCUUCCUUCCUUCCUCUUUCCAAACCCUCACACUACAGAAUCAGCGUGGACGGUUUCACGAACCCGAGCAGGAUCAGCGUUUCCAUGGCAGCUUCACCGGAUCCCUGCGGCGGUGGCAGCGCAGGAAAAUCCCACAGUAUUUUUUUUCUUUCCUCGUUUCCUUCGUCGCUGUCAACAAGGAUCUGAGUUCAGCAGAAAACCUGGAGCCAAAAAAGUUGAUUCAGAGCCACGUUGACGGCUGCCAUAUUUGUGUUCUUUGUUUAAAAAAUAAAAAUGAAAAAAAUUAUUCACUUUGUAUUUAGCCAAGUAUGUAAACAGUAUCUGUACCAUUUAUUGAAACCAUAACCAGCCUUUGUUUACUGUUAAAUGCUUUUUCAUAAACGUGUGCAAUCAUUAAA